AUGGUAUCGACCAAAAUUAUUUUGUGGACAGGUAUGCUGCUCGCUACCGCAUUUGCUACAACUACCACGUACGGCUUCCUCAGCAACUCCUACUAUAAAAUUCUCAGAUGUCUCCGUUUCCCUACAAUUUUCCUCUUUCCUACAAUACUUUACUUCAUCAUGGAAUUCAACUAUCAAGAAAUAAUAGAGCUCAUCAACAAGUUCUGGCCUUUCUUUGAAGGUAUUUACAAACACUUUGACAUCCAGAAAGUUGAGAAAUUCAUCGAAAAAUUACCUUUGCCAUUUUGGCUUAUCACAGUACUUACGAUUUGUGUUUGGGGUGCCCGUAGCAUUACAACCUCUUUCUUCAAGGAGUAUUUUCAACAAAACGAAUACGCUUCCCAGAGUACCUCCGCUGUACUCUAUACUGUUAAUAGCAUCGCCACCAGCCUACAAGUAUCUUUCCAAGCAUAUCUCCAGACAAUCUUCGCCGGCCUCCAAGCAUGCUUCCAGACAAUCUUCGCCGGCCUCCAAGCAUGCUUCCAGACAAUCUUCGCCGGCCUCCAAGCAUGCUUCCAGACAAUCUUCGCCGGCCUUCAAGCAUGCUUCCAGACAAUCUUCGCCGGCCUUCAAGCAUACUUCCAGACAAUCUCCGCCGGCCUCCAAGCAUGCUUCCAGGCAGUCUUCACAGGCAACGCUUCGCACUUUCCAAUAAUGUGCUUGUGUAUAUUGUUUUGUAUGGGUAUUAUUCUGUUUAUUGCUAGUCUCUUGUUUUCGAAAGGCAAUCAACGAUGGGCUUUUGUAGCAAUAGCUUUUAUCCUCGCUUCCCCAGGUUACAUAUUGUUGGUCCGUUGGACAAUCAAUUUCUGA